AUGCACCUAGAAUGCAUGCAGGAAGAUGUGGAAACAGGAGUCCACCUUGAUCCUGCUAUCAAGGAAGUUCAAUACAAUCCCACUUACGAUACCAUGUUUGCACCUGAGUUUGGACCAGAAAACCCAUUUAGGACUCAGCAGAUGGCUGCACCUAGAAAUAUGCUUUCUGGAUAUGCAGAACCAGCUCACAUCAAUGAUUUCAUGUUUGAACAACAGAGAAGAACAUUUGCAACCUAUGGUUAUGCAUUAGAUCCUUCUAUAGAUAACCCUGAAGUUGCCACCAAAUAUAUUGGUUCUGUAGAAGAAGCUGAAAAAAAUCAAGGUUUAACAGUGUUUGAAACAGGACAGAGGAAAAUUGAAAAAAGGAAGAAAUUCAAGGAGAAUGAUGCAUCUAAUAUUGAUGGUUUUCUGGGACCAUGGGCAAAGUAUGUUGAUGAAAAAGAAGUAGCUAAACCAUCAGAAGAAGAACAGAAAGAGUUGGAUGAAAUAACAGCUAAGAGGCAGAAGAGAGGAAAACUAGAAGAUGAUAAACCUGGAGAGGAGAAGACUGUAUUACAUGUUAAGGAAAUGUAUGACUAUCAGGGGAGAUCUUAUCUUCAUGUCCCUCAAGAUGUUGGAGUUAAUCUCCGUUCUACAGUGCCACCUGAGAAGUGCUAUCUUCCAAAGAAACAGAUCCACGUGUGGUCUGGACAUACAAAGGGUGUCAGUGCAGUUAGAUUGUUUCCCCUCUCUGGGCAUAUACUGUUGUCUUGCUCUAUGGAUUGCAAAAUUAAGCUAUGGGAAGUAUAUGGUGAUCGAAGAUGUCUACGAACAUUUAUUGGACAUAGUAAAGCUGUUCGAGACAUCUGUUUUAAUAAUGCUGGCACUCAGUUUCUUAGUGCUGCAUAUGACCGCUAUCUUAAACUCUGGGACACUGAAACAGGGCAAUGUAUUUCAAGAUUCACAAACAGGAAGGUUCCUUAUUGUGUCAAGUUCAAUCCUGAUGAAGAUAAACAAAAUCUCUUUGUUGCAGGAAUGUCAGAUAAGAAAAUUGUGCAGUGGGAUAUUCGAAGUGGUGAGAUUGUGCAGGAAUACGAUAGGCAUUUGGGAGCUGUCAACACCAUUGUGUUUGUGGAUGAAAAUAGAAGGUUUGUGAGUACAUCUGAUGACAAGAGUUUAAGAGUCUGGGAAUGGUAA